AAGGAAAUACUCAUUCAGUUAAACAAAUAAAUUACAGGAGCGGUCAACAUAAACGGUUUAUAGAAAAUUUAUUAAAUGAAAAUGCAAUUAUAACUAAUAUUUUUCCUCAACGACGUGGAGAUAAUGGAAUUGAUAUCAUCGCUACAUUUAAUAGAAAAAUCAUUCUAAUUAAAUGUAUUAAUUUUAAUAAUCCUAUUUAUGAUAACGUUUUAAGAGAAUUUCAAGCUUCAAUUCACCGGUUUGGAGAAGGAAUAUUAAGUAUUAUUGUUUAUAAUAGUGAAGAAUCGGAUAACCCUUUAAUUAGGAAAAAUAAAGGAUCACAUUCUAAAGUUAAAAUUCUUAAUGAAAAAACGAUUAUCAAUUAUAUCAAAAAUAAUUUGACAAAGAAAACUCCAGACCAUUCGAAGAUAGCUUCACAUUUACAAGAGAAACCCCAUAAAUCUUCACAUAAUGAAUACGACGAAUUACUUGAUGAUAUAUUGAAUCAUGCAGUUUUUAGAAAUGAUUAUCAAUUUGAUCAAAGUGUAUCACACAAUGAUACGCCGGUUAUGGACAGGCAAGAAGCAUUGAGAUCUCCAGAGUUAAGAAGAACGACGCCAAGUGGUAAUGUGAAAGUAGAUGAAGUUGGCUGGGAAUGUCAUAAUAUUAAUUCGGUUGAAAGGAGGAGAAAUAAUGAUGUUUAUUAUUUAGAUGAACAAAUUGAUAAUAAUCAUGACUAUAAUGGUAAAUUAUUAAAUAAUGUCGUUAAAGCACCAUACGGUGGAAAUUCAUCGAGGGAUAUAACUCAGGAUGAUGAAAUUCCCAAAACCAAUAACAAUUCAUGGAGUUGUCCAAAAUGUACAUUUGAUAAUAUUCAAUUGAUGUCGCGAUGUGAGAUGUGCUUAACUGAACGACCGGAUACGCAACAACCACAAAGUUUUACACCUACUGAACCUUCAAGUCCACAAUGGAGUUGUCCACAGUGUACAUUUAUGAACGAAAGUGAU